UGUAUGCCUCUGCCUCCCCCCAGCCUCUCGCUGCGCCGUUCGCGACCUUGGCCGCCCCACGGCCCGCCGCCUGGCGUCGCUGUGCACUCUCACCCUGUCCCCCGCACUUAAGUCGGCCGCCCGGUUCUGCCCACUGCCUUCGAUCGUCCAGCCCCGCCUGGCAGAGUUCUAGCUGCCGCCAUGUCUGCACAUCUGCAGUGGAUGGUCGUGCGGAAUUGCUCCAGCUUUCUGAUCAAGAGGAACAAGCAGACGUACAGCACCGAACCUAACAAUCUGAAGGCCCGCAACUCCUUCCGCUACAACGGGCUGAUUCACCGCAAGACUGUGGGCGUGGAGCCGGCGGCGGACGGCAAGGGUGUAGUGGUGGUCAUGAAGCGGAGAUCCGGCCAGCGAAAGCCGGCCACCUCCUAUGUGCGGACUACCAUCAACAAGAAUGCCCGGGCCACCCUUAGCAGUAUCCGGCACAUGAUCCGCAAGAACAAAUACCGCCCGGACCUGCGCAUGGCUGCCAUCCGCAGAGCCAGCGCCAUCCUGCGCAGCCAGAAGCCUGUGAUGGUGAAGAGGAAGCGGGCCCGCCCCACCAAGAGCUCCUGAGUACCCCCUGGGCAAUAAAGAUGUCAGCUAACUUGUGA